AUGGGAAUAGAAACUGGGAGAAUUGGAGAAAAAGGUUGUGCACCCAAAAAUUACGAGCCCACAAGUCAGAGUAAUCCAAUUGCGGAUGAGAUCGAAAGUGGAGAAGCCUGCAAUUGGAGGAAAAAAAGGUGGGAACUGACGUUGGCGACAGGGGCGGUGGGCAUCGAACGAAGCGGCGUCGGCGACGACGGUCAUCGAACGAAGCGGCGGCUGCUCGUUAGGUUGAGUUCGUCACACUGCAUGGUCAGCCUAACUAGUAUGGUUUACGUCUCUCGUAUGGUAAAUGAGGUGAAUGAAUUGGAGAAAACACUAAAAUCAGCAGCAAUGAAGGACAACAAAACAGUGAUAAUCACAACCCUAAAUGCAGCAUGGACAGAGCCGAAUUCGAUAUUCGAUUUGUUUUUAGAGAGCUUCAAAAUCGGAAACGGGACUCAAGAUCUAUUGAAGCACGUAUUGGUUGUCGCGUUGGACCAAAAGGCGUAUUCUCGGUGUUUGGAAGUGCGCCUUCACUGUUACGCCCUCACCACCGAAGGCAUCGACUUUUCAGGGGAAGCGCAUUUCAUGAGCGAGGAUUAUUUGAAGAUGAUGUGGCGAAGGAUCGACUUUCUUCACACCGUUCUUCAGUUGGGAUACGAUUUCGUUUUCACGGUUCCAUUCGAAAGAUUCCAUCCCGACGGCGACUUCCAAAUCGCAUGCGACCACUACUGGUUCAACUACACCGACUUGAACAACUCGCCGAACGGCGGGUUCAACUACGUGAAGUCGAACAAUCGGACGAUCCAGUUCUACAAAUUCUGGCACACGGGUCGAGACUAUUUCCCUGGGAAGCACGACCAGGACGUGCUGGACGUGAUAAAAAUGAACCCGUUUAUCAAACGGAUUGGGUUGGAGAUGCGGUUCUUGGAUACCGCCGAGUUCGGCGGGUUCUGCGAACCGAGCAAAGAUCUGGAUCGGGUCGUAACAAUGCAUGCGAAUUGCUGCAUUGGGAUGGAAAACAAGAUCCAUGAUAUUAAAAUGGUGAUUGAUGAUUGGAAGAGGUAUAAUAUCUCGAUUCCUAUUGGUGGAGAGAGGAAUCUGAGUACUAGGUUUUGGACUGUUCCUCGGAUUUGUGGCUGAAUAAAAAAAAUGAUUAAUUUGAAUGAUUAGUUAAUUAAUUAGGUGAUAAUUAUGUUGAUUUUAAGCUAAAUUGUGUACACAUUUAGUAGUAAUAAAUUCAAUAUUUCGGUUUUCUUUGGGUUGGGAUUAGAGAUUGUAUAUGAUAUAUGAUACGGAGAAAUUACAGUUUUGGUCCCUCAAGUUUGCAUUGAUUUCAUAU